AUGCCAUCCUACGAUCCAAUCAUUGUCGAGCCUAUCCCUGUUAUCAAAACCAAAGAUAUUGGUAUCUCUUCUCUGAAAAGCUUUGCUAAGAAUGAAGAUGCGUUUAUAAAUGCAUUUAACAUACCACUUCCACCACCUUCUAAAAAGCCGUCGGAAGUUUUGGGCAUAGACAAGGACACUCCAGAUGGACACGUUCCAAGAGACCCCAUACAGGUUCGCCUGACUGGUGUUCACCCGCUCAACUCAGAGUCUCCAUUGACUGCCCUAUUUGAUGAGGGAUUCCUAACUUCCCCUGAGCUGUUCUUCGUUCGGAACCAUGGAGCUGUACCUGUCAUUGAGCGUGAUGACAUCCUCAACUGGGAGCUUUCUAUUGAAGGGUUGGUGGAAAACCCGAUCGUCCUCACUUUACGCCAGAUAAUUUCCGAAUUCGAACAGGUCACUUGCCCCAUCACUCUCGUGUGCGCUGGUAACAGGCGUAAAGAGCAGAACAUGGUUCGGAAGUCCAAAGGCUUCAACUGGGGAGCCGCAGGUUUGUCGACGGCCCUCUUUACAGGGCCAAUGAUGCACAAUAUCUUGAGCCGGGCAAGGCCGAUGAGAAGGGCUAAAUACAUGUGCAUGGAGGGAGCUGAUGAACUGCCAAAUGGCAACUACGGCACGUCUAUUAGGUUGUCAACGGCUAUGGACCCAGCUAUGGGUGUCAUGCUUUCCUAUAUGAUGAACGGGGAGCCUCUACGUCAAGACCAUGGAUGGCCACUCCGUGCAGUGAUCCCGGGCCAUAUUGGUGGCAGAAGUGUCAAAUGGAUCACCAAGAUAACAUUGACGGAGAACCCAAGUGAUAACUGGUAUCAUAUCUAUGACAACAGAGUGCUACCAACGAUGUGCUCUCCCGAAAUGGCAACUGAAGAUGAUUCAUGGUGGCGAGAUGAGCGUUAUGUUAUUCAACAUCUCAACGUCAAUUCGGCCAUUGCCUACCCACAACACGACGAAGAACUUGUUGUAGCCUCCACACCUACGUACACUAUCAAAGGGUAUGCAUACGCGGGUGGUGGAAGACAGAUAUCAAGGAUGGAGGUGUCAUUGGAUAGCGGGAAGACCUGGAGACUAGCACCCAUUCAAUAUGACGAGGAUAAGUACAGGGCAACGAGCCAGUACCUAUACGGUGGACAACUUGAUUUGUCCUGGCGCGAGACUUACUUUUGCUGGUGCUUCUGGUCUCUUGAAGUCCAAACACACGAGCUUGAAAGCGCAGACAGUAUUGUUGUUCGCGCCAUGGACGAAGCCCUGAACCUCCAGCCAAAAGAAAUGUACUGGACCGUCCUUGGUAUGAUGAACAACCCUUGGUUCCGCAUCACGAUAACCAAGGAAGAUGGGGUAUUGAAAUUCAAACACCCUACCUUGCCUGCCACUCAGCCAGGUGGCUGGAUGGAAGCAGUUAAAAAGGCUGGCGGAGAUUUACAAGAUGGGAACUGGGGUGAGGCAUCAGACCGUGCCACGAAACCAGCCGACAUUAAACCAGAGCCAGAAAUUAAUAUGAAAAAGCCUGGAUUGAACGUCACUAUUAGCCUGGAAGAGUUCAAAGCACAUAGAAGUCGGGAAACAGACCCUUGGUUCGUGGUUGAUGGUGAGGUAUACGAUGGCACGCCUUUCCUUGAAGGACAUCCAGGGGGUGCUCAAAGCAUUCUCUCGACCGCAGCGACAGAUUGCACUGAUGAAUUUCUGGCGAUUCAUAGCGAAUCAGCAAAGGCCAUGAUGCCUGAUUACCAUCUUGGGACUCUUGACGCUGCCGCACUGCGUAAACUCCAGAGCUCUCAGGGGGUAUCCACCAAGCCUCUUCCGAUUGUUCACGAAUGGGAGAAAGUAAACCUGACUGAAAAAACUAACCUAUCGCUUGACACGGCAUUAUUCACAUUCUCCUUUGCCGACAGCUCUAAGCUUCUAGGAAUCGGUGUUGGUCAGCACAUCAUGUUGAGGGUAAAUGCAAGGCCUAGCGACCCUACCAGUGCCGUUAUCAGGGCCAUCACACCACUCUCCGAACCGACACAGAAAGGCAGCAUGGGCCUUCUUAUCAAAAUUUAUCGGCCCGGUCCCGGUUUCCCUGGUGGACAAUUAACCGUUCCUCUGGACAAGUUACCCAUUGGAGCACAAGUCGAUUACAGGCUUUCCUCUCAUUGCAAAUUCGAAUACCUUGGCCAAGGCAGAGCCGUUAUCAAUGGUGUUGAGCGCAAAAUAUCCUCAUUCAACAUGAUCUGUGGUGGAAGUGGUAUUACCCCGAUGUUCCAGGUUAUCCGAGCAAUCCUGCAAGACGAGGAGGAUAAGACGACAUGCACCCUCAUUGAUGGUAACCGCACCGAGGCGGACAUCAUGUGCCGAUCCGAGCUGGCCUCGUUUGUAUCGCGUGAUGAGAAGAAUAAAUUCCAGGUUAUUCAUACCCUGACACAGCCCUCAAAGGCAUGGUCCGGGUAUAGGGGUAGGAUUUCAGAGGACUUGCUAUCCAGGCACAUUGUUCGUUCCGAGAACAGCAUGGUGCUUAUUUGUGGUCCUGCCUCUAUGGAAAAGUCCGUGAUGGGUAUGCUGCUUAAACAGCAGUGGAGUGAGGAUGAUAUCUUUUUCUUUUAA